AUGAGUACUCCCCUUCGAGGUAUUUUUAAGGGCACAAAGAGGUCAUGCCCGUCAUCUUCUCCCAUAUCUUCGCCGUCCCAACCUGCUGGACUUGAGGAUGUCAUGCGGGAAGUCAACGCCUCUUCGCUGGUCCCUGAUUGUGUGAAGGCUGCACUCAACACGCUGAUAAAAGAGCUAAGUGAAGUCAAACUUGAGCGGGAUCAGUUGCGACAAGAAAAUCUCAUCUUGCGCCAAAAACUAGGUCUAGCUCCUGAUGUUCCGCUGAGUAGUACCGAGCCUAUUGUAGAUCAACCUGUCAAUACUAUACGUUCCGAUGUUAUUGAUUGUCAAGAAUCUGAGCGACCAGGUGUACCUGAACUCAAAGAAUGUAGCAUCCGUAGGAAAUUGUUUUAUGACAACAAUAGCGUUCUGAACAUUCUCGAGUAUCUUGAUGUUGAUUGUUUACCCGUGGCUGUUUAUAGGCUCGGACGCCCGACCAUGGGCAGAGACAGAUUACUUAAAGUUGUGUUGCCAUCAUUAGCAGUUUCUCGUGCUUCUCGACUUCGCUUCUUUCCCGGUCGUGGGGUAUUCCUUAGAGAGUCCCGCACGAAUGCAGAGAGGAAGCGUCUUCGAGAAGAACGCAUGAUGCACCCAAACUCAAGCUCCUUGCCUCAUAGCUUUGCCGCGGAUUUAAUGCAUCUGGAGUUCUGUGUUAGGCUUGUCGUAGUUUACAGACCACCUUCCACUUCGUCUUAUAUCAAUGAGCUAUUAGCUAAAGCCAUUAGCGACCUAACUGCAGUCACAUUCCCUGUGGUUGUCGUAGGUGACUUCAACCUCCCGGAGGUCAAUGGGCCGAUUGGAAUGUUUCCAAGGACAUUGCACACCCUCUGUCCAAUACUUUUGCUUGUCACGGAUUCGCGCAGUACAUUAAGGAGCCCACUAGAGUCAUCAAUUGGCGACAGCGACCACCUAAGCAUCACUUUUGACAUCACCGGAGUUGAGUUACCUUGUGUGCCCGUUUUCAAAAGGCUAUUUUCCAAAUGUGAUUAUUCCCUUGUUACGAACUACCUCUUUAGCGUACUAUGGGUCGACUCCUUUGAGUCGGUUUCUACCGUGGAUGAAAAAUAUUUGAUGUUUCUGACUAUUCUCAAACAUGCCAUACAGCUGUAUGUCCCCUGGGCCUACGUUUUUCCUAGCAGGCCUAAUUUACCCUCAUAUCUUCAAAAUAUGAUGGAUCAUAAGGAGUGCCUUUUGCAAUACGCCAAACGAAGUGGUGAUUGGACGGAAUUCAGAGCUUUUUCACAGAAGUUUUCUGAGAAAUUAUGCAAAUAUAAUAAGAGUAUGGAAAAGAAAAUAGUUGAAGCAAAGGAUAAGCAACGUUUCUUCAAAUAUCUGGGAUCUAAGCUCCGGGAAAGGCCGAAUUUUUAUGGUCUGAAAGUUAAUGGGAGGAUUCUACUGAAUGAUCAUGAUAAGGCCAAUGCUUUUGCGCGAGAGUUUUCCACUGCAUACCACCAGGAUAACAAUAAACUCCCACAUUUUGCUCCCACAGUAGGCUCAAAAAUGCAAACUUUUCCUUAUUUUGACCCCAAUGAUAUCUUUCAUUUUUUGAUGAGAUGGCCUUCCUCCUAUUCAAUCACGCCUGAUGAGAUCCCCUUUGCAUUCGUGAAGAAUGUUGCCCAUGCUAUAGCUUUUCCACUUUCUUAUUUAUUCAACCAAUCUAUC